CCAUUGACUUCGCGUUUUUUCAAGGAACAUUUAAAAUUUAAGAAUGGACCCAGUAACUGGACUACCAAAAUCGCGUCGUUCAACUACCGACUCGCAUCGCGAAGGUCUUACCACUGAGACUCACGAUUGGACCUUGGUGAAAGCCACUGAACUCGUAGAAGACCAAAAAAUUAUUAUCAUUGAUGGCGAUACUGCAAUAGAAGCAGCCUGUGAUACUCUUAUUAAAAAUAAUGUAUCUUCUGCCCCAGUUUAUGAUAAUAAAACCAAAACUUACGUUGGAAUGUUUGAUUGGGCAGAUGUUAUGACCUAUCUAUUAAUUGUUUUGAAAAAGAAAGAUAUUUUAGAACAGCAACGAAAGUCCGAUGAAGAAUUGACUUCCGAAUUUAACGAUUUAUUGAAAUUGGCAAUACAAAGUCAACCAGUUCCCGUAAAAUUAGCUUCAGAUAUAUCCAAUAGGAAUCCUUUUUAUUCGGUAUUUCCUGAAACUUCAUUGUUACAAGUGGUUGAAUUAUUUGGAAGUGGAACUCAUAGAGUUUCCGUUGUCGAUGCGGAUGGUUAUAUGAAGGGCAUAUUAACUCAAUCAAGAGUUAUUAAUUAUCUAUACAAUAAUGUGACAAAAUUCCCUCAGAUCGAAGAACUUUUCCCAAAAUCGCUUCAUGAACUCAAUAUUGGAAAAAGUACCAUAAUUUCUGCCCAAGCUGAUUCCUUUGUAAUUGAAGCGUUAACAAUGAUGAAUAAAAAUUCAUUAAGUUCAAUUGCCAUUGUUGAUGCCGAUGGAGUUCUAUUAGGAAAUAUCAGUAUGACGGAUGUUAAAUACAUUCUUAGAAGUUAUAGUCAUUCUUUAAUGUGGAAAACAUGUCAACAGUUUGUCGGUCAUGUAAGAAGUAGGCAAGGGUUAGAGGAUGGACAAGAUAAAUAUCCAGUAUUCGAUGUUCGCCUAACAUCCACGGUAGGACACACCAUUGCUAAACUUGUAGCCACUAAAGCGCAUCGAGUUUGGGUUGUAGAUGAAAGGCUACGAGCUAUAGGAAUUAUAAGUUUGACAGAUGUGUUGUGUUUAUUUGCACGUUCUGCCGGAGCAAAUCCAAAACCAAAGAGGUCGUCAAGUUCAUCUAUACCAACAGAUCCAUAAAUUAAAGAGAGAUCUGGAAAAUACUUGGCAUUAUAUAUGUUAAUAAUUAUUAUUAUCCAUUUUUAUAUUAUUACAUAUUUUUCCAGCAUGUGUUAUGAAUAAAUUAAUAAUUAUGAUUACACUCAACAUAUAAUUAAAUUUUGAUCUGAAUUUUUGUUUAGUUUCACAGUG